AUGGGGAUUCUGCAAAAAAUCGAGGACAUCGAGAAGGAGAUGUCAAGGAUCGCUAAAUACCGCGCACAAUUACUCGAACCGGAACGCAAGUCGGGAAAGCCCGGCGAGGGCUUUGAUGUGAUGAAAUCUGGAGUUGGAAAGUCCACACUUCUUUCCAAAGCGACUAAGACGGAGUCCGCUGUUGGCGCGUACGAAUUCACAACCCUCACUGCUAUUCCUGGUGUCCUGGAGUAUGAAGGGGCAAGGAUUCAGCUUCUCGACCUACCUGGAAUCGUUCAAGAUGCGGCCAAAGGACGAGGUCGUGGACGCCAGGUUGUCUCAGUGGCCAGGACUGCGGAUCUCAUCCUCAUCAUGAUUGACGCAACGAAGUCGGAUGAGCAGAAGGCACAGCUUGAGUUGGAGCUGGAGGCCGUCGGCAUCCGGCUGAAUGGUCACGCGCCCGACAUCGUCUUUAAGCAGAAGGCCGCCGGAGGCAUCACCAUUACGUGCACGGUUAAGCUCACGAAGACUGAUGAGCGUACCAUUCGGUCAGUGCUGCAGUCGUAUCGCAUCCACAACUGCGACGUCAUGGUCCGAGAGGACGUCACUAUCGAUGAGUUCAUCGACGUACUCCUAGGAACGCGCAAAUACAUUCCCGCCCUGACCGUGAUCAACAAGGUCGAUGCCGUGUCCAUGGAGACUGUGGACCGUAUGGCGCGGUCAGGGGACGGCAAGACUGUGAUGAUCAGCUGUGAAAUGGAUCUGGGUCUCGACUGGCUUUUGGAGGCUAUUUGGAAAGAGCUGGGUCUUGUGAAGUAG